CCGUCAUUCAACUUCCGGGUAAAAAAACAGUGUGCAUGAAGUAAAGAGCUGCUUGAACGUUAGUUUUGGGUGAACUUCUCGGCCCACUUGACCGUGAGAAAUGUCCCGAGGCUCCAGUGCCGGGUUCGACCGACACAUCACCAUCUUCUCUCCCGAAGGAAGGCUCUACCAAGUCGAAUAUGCUUUCAAGGCCAUCAACCAAGGCGGGCUCACGUCGGUGGCGGUCAGAGGGAACGACUGUGCAAUUGUUGCAACACAAAAAAAAGUACCGGACAAGCUUCUGGAUUCUGCCACAGUGACGCACCUCUUCAGAAUAACGGAAAGCAUCGGAUGUGUGAUGUCCGGGAUGACGGCUGACAGCAGGUCCCAAGUCCAGCGAGCUCGCUACGAGGCGGCCAACUGGAAGUACAAGUACGGGUACGAGAUCCCAGUGGACAUGCUGUGCAAGAGGCUGGCGGACAUCUCCCAGGUCUACACGCAGAACGCCGAGAUGAGGCCGCUGGGCUGCUGUAUGAUCAUGAUCGGCGUCGACGAGGAGCACGGCGCCCAGGUGUACAAAUGCGACCCGGCCGGCUACUACUGCGGCUUCAAGGCCACGGCGGCCGGCGUGAAGCAGACGGAGGCCACCAGCUUCCUGGAGAAGAAGGUGAAGAAGAAGCCGGACUGGACCUUUAAGCAGACCAUCGAGACGGCCAUCUGCUGCCUGUCCACCGUGCUCUCCAUCGACUUCAAGCCCUCCGAGCUGGAGGUGGGCGUCGUCACCAUCCAGGACCCCAAGUUCAGGAUUCUGACAGAGACGGAGGUGGACGUCCACCUGGUGGCCCUGGCGGAUCGGGACUGAUGGUCCAGUUCCGGAGGAGGCUGUUGUUGUUUACUGUAUAUUCACCCAUUGUUCUAUCAACAAUACAAAUAAAGAAGUGUUUUUGAGUAAAAAGAC